AUGGUGCUGGUUACGUCUGUGCGUGAUUACAUCAACCGGAUGCUUCAGGACACUUCCGGCAUGAAGGUUCUCAUACUCGACUCCGAAACGGUUAGCAAUGUGAGCAUUGUGUAUUCGCAGUCAGAGCUUCUUCCUUGUGGAGAUGAUCGAUUCAAUCGCCGUAUCAAGGGAAUCGAUGUCGCAUCUCAAGGCUGUUUAUUUCAUCCGCCCAAGUUCGGAGAAUACCCAGAAACCUAG